AUGGCGGGUGAGGCCUCCCGAUGGCUCCCCAGCACUGCCAGUUGGCGCGAUGCCGUCUCCUGCGGACUAUUGGCAGAGACCUGGCGACGCGUGUGGCGCAAGGACGAGGUGCUUGAAGGCGCGGCGAUCGGCUGCGACCGAUGUGCCGAGGUCGAACGAGAGUCUGGAGCCGGGGAGUGGGUGGUCGGGAGUGGUAGAUGUGGUGAUGUACAUGGUGUGAAUGAGGCCGCUAAUCAUGGAGGCCGGUGUCAAACAGGUACUUUCGGCUCCACCCGGGUGGCUGAGAUACCGCAUGUAUGUUCCUGCAUUCGGGGGCCAACCAAGUUGUGCCUUAGUGACAGAACACUGCAAGGAGGAGUCAGAACGAUUGCCAGGACAGAGCUCGGGGUGCUGGUCCCGAACAGAGGAUAG